AUGGCUUCUCUCGAUCGCUGUCUUCUCCUCCUCGUCCUCCUCUUCUCCGGCCUCAUCGUCUCCACCUCCUCGGCCUACAGCGGGCGCAUGGUCGGGGCCCGGACGGAGGUGCAGGACGUGGAGACCAACAAGGAGGUGCAGGACCUCGGCCUCUUCUCCGUCGACGAGUACAACCGCCGCCUCGCCCUCCGCGGCGCCCGCCUCCUCACCUUCUCCCGCGUGGCGGCCGCGCAGCGGCAGGUGGUGUCCGGGAUCAAGUACUACCUCCAGGUGGUGGCCGCCGUGAAAGGUACCGGCGAGGAGGGACAGCAGCACCGAACCUUCGACGCCGUGGUCAUCGUCAAGCCCUGGCUCAGCUCCCGGUCGCUCGUCUCCUUCGCCCCCCGCCGCCCGGCCCUCAACAGCCUAGAUAACGUCGGCGACGCCCACCUUAAUGUCCGAUAG